ACUAAAUAAUAAAUGUUGUAUGUUGGCAGAAAUAGUUACCAUCGCAGUAUUUCACCUAUACAAACUUUCGAUUAUGACGUCGCUAUUGUGGGCGGGACUUCAAGGUCAUGGGGAGUCCGAAAGUUUAUUGUUACUGCGCUAAAAUGAGCAAUGCUGAGUCCACACUUCAAUGCAAAGUGCCAACCAUUCCCCAGCUUUAGCUGAGUCCAGUCCACAAAGCGUCUGUCCACCUCCACGAGCGCAGCCGGUGAAUUUUGCAAAAACACGAUGUGUGUGAAAUGACGCAUGUGUAAACCACACCCUGAACACAAAGAACAAGCGCUGCUACCACACGCCCAACAGAGACUCAAACACCUGACGCUUCAUCACACCCGUCCCGAUGGCGGAGGAGGCAGACUUCAUGCGCUCUGUGUUGCCCGUUCACGGCGCUUUUCGCUCGGAAGACUCUUCUUUAGCUUUACCGGAGAAGGACAAACUCGCUCUCGCGGACGCACACCGGCUCAUCCGACUACAGCAACAAGUUCAGCUCACUCUCUCACGGAAAAGAAAGAAACCAAAACCGCCAGAGUCAUCUCUCUCAGACAGUCUGUCCAGCUGUCAUAUUUCAAAUAGUUCAUCGUUAGGAAGUCUGCACCUGAAGCGGACGAUCUCCAUCAAUCAUGAAUCCACAAGGUUGUCACGGAUGGUUGAUCGAUCUCAGUGGUCAAGUACCGAUCCAUCUCGAUUUCACAGAGGCUAUGGAAGCUGUCGUUACACCUCUAAAAGCCCGGCUUUAUGCUGGGGGUCCAAUUCUUUCACUCUCCCCUCGGCCCCUACAGUCAACCGUUUUCAUAUGAACAAACUAACUUUACGUUACGCCCAAUCCGAGACUCUGCGAAACCCGAGGUUCGCAGGCCUGUCGGCUGUCACACAGCCCUCCAGAAAGCCUGUGUUUGAGAACAAUGAAAUGGAUGAUACAGAUGAUGUUUUUUUACCAAACACCCCACACAAUGCUCCUGCAGAGAGAAACAGGAUGGAGUUAGAGAAGCACACCCUUCAGAGGACCCUCUGCAAGCCGAGAGAGGGGGGGUUUGGUGCUCAAGAACAAUCCGAGGACGUGUCCUGGCAGAGCCGCAUACGGAAGCCGAGCCUGGAGUUUGUUGCAGGAAGACGACCCUCACAGCCUGGCUCGCAGAUCAGCAUGGAGGAGCAGUCAGGGAGUUUGAGGAGGAUAGAAAAGCUGGAAGUCAAACCACAAACAAGGACAGCGUCAGCAAAGAAGAGCAGACAAGUUGAACUUGGUCCAGAGAUGACACUAAAAGAGGCUGUAAAUCUGCUUGCACAAGAUAACAUGGAAGCACAAAUCACCGCGACUAACUUUAUACAGAACCAGUGCUUUAACAGUCCAGAUGCCAAGAAAAAGGUACUUUAUCUUCAAGGCAUCCCAAAGCUGCUGAAGCUCAUGCAGAAUGAAAGCGAGGAGCUGCAACGGGCUGCUGUCGGCGCACUCCGAAAUAUUGUUUUCGAAAACAAUGAGAACAAAAUGGAAGUCAAAGACUGUGAGGGGCUUCCAGUGAUCCUGAGACUGCUCAAGAACAACCGAGACAUCGAGACCCGACGGCAGCUCACUGGGCUGCUGUGGAAUCUGUCUUCUCAUGACCUCUUGAAAGAGCAGCUCGCUAAAGAUGCGGUCAAACCUCUCACAGAUAGUGUGCUGGUGCCCUGCUCUGGCAUUUCUGAAGGGGAAGACCCCAAGUUGGAACUCCUUGCUGACCCUGACAUUUUCUACAACACUACUGGCUGCCUGAGAAAUUUGAGUUCAGCUGGUCCAGAUGGACGUAAAGCCAUGCGAGACUGUGAGGGUCUCAUUGAGUCUAUCAUCUAUUAUAUCCGUGGUAGCAUUGCAGACUACAAACCUGAUGAUAAGGCCACAGAAAACUGUGUGUGCAUCCUGCACAAUCUUUCUUAUCGAUUUGAUUGUGAGUUGCCUCGUGUGGAUUCCCCAGUGGUACAACAGCCCAAACAAAAUCACAAAGCAGAAACUAGCAACCCUGGCUGUUUUAUCCUCAACAGUCCCAAAAACUCUGAGGAGGCUCAGGAAGCGGAUGAAGACUAUCCGUUACUUGAGGAGAACGGCAGUCCUCAGGGUGUAGAGUGGCUCUGGAGCGCCAUCACCGUCCGCAUGUAUCUCUCUCUCAUUGCUGUCAGCACAAACCAGCACACAAAGGUGGCAUCCAUCGGAGCGCUACAGAACCUCACAGCUUGUUCUGGAGAGACAUCCCAAGCCAUCGGACACUUCAUUGUGCAAAAAGAAGGAGGUCUAUCUCAGGUGAAAAAGAUGCUACAAGAAGGAGAGAAGGAAGAGAUCAGAAUAUCUGUGUCACUGCUAAAAAACAUUUCUCGUUACAGAGAACUGCAUGCAGAUAUUGUUAAACAGGUGUUACCGGAGCUGAUUUCCAUCCUGCCAAACUCUGACCGAAGUGUUGAGCAGCCUAUAGAGGUCACAGUGAUGAUCUGUCACAUUCUCAUCAAUCUGAGCCAUGCAUCUGUAUCGAACACCUGUGCCAUCACAAACCAAGGAGCGUUACCCAAGAUCAUCAGCAUCAGCACUAAAGACAACGGGUUUGGACCCACACGUGCAGGCCAGGCGGCUUGUAUUUUACUUCAUACACUAUGGAGGCAUUCAGAGCUGCAUAGCAGUUUCAAAAAGGCUGGUUACAGGAAAACUGACUUCAUAAACAACAGGACAGUGAAGGUUGUGAAUUCAGUUCGCGAUUAAUGGGACCCAGAAAUCUACUGCAAUGACUUUUCACUUGCUUUUUUCGGAAAUAUAAAGAAAAUGGUGCUAAAAACAUGGCUUUUGUGAGUGUUUGUAUAUGUGCUUUGUCUUAAUUUAAUACUUAAUAGUUUUCUAUGUGUUUCAAUUAAAUGAUGAUAGUAAUGUCUGUCCAUUUUAUUUAUUUUUUUACUGACCUUUUUUAAAGAUUUUUACUGCCUCUGGUCAUUUUACACUGAAAUUAAAAGCAUUUUCAUCAACAAAGAUUUUUAUUUGUUUAUUCGUUUUUAUUUUGCAGUAGGUAACGCCACUUCCAAGCCUUGUUUAGUAAAACGGUGUCUAAUUUUUUUUAAUUAUUAAUUUUAAAUAAAUGACCAAAUUUCUCCAGUCACUGAGGGGUUAAUGUCUGUUUGUUUAGUUGCCAUGGUUCUGUUUGAAUAAAGCAUGUCCUCAACGCUUUAGUAAACACGGUUUUCUUUUAAACCUCAAAGCAUUCUGAAUCAGGAAGUGAUUUGAAGUCUUUUGAAUAAUAACAAAUCAUCACAAUCCUCAAUGGGAGGGAUUAAGCGAACGAUCGAAUUCGCUUUAUGUUAUCGACAGAAUCAGAACUCAAUUAAAUAGUUCGAAUAAAACUGACAUAUCCAUUCGUCGACAGUAAAUUAAUAAUGUUUUAUGCAUUGUUACUUUGUAAAGUAGUUUUUAUGUACUUUUACGUCAUAUCCGUAAACAAAGAAGCUCAUGCAAGCUGGACUGUGCCAUUAUGUUCCUAGGGGUUGUGCGCCAGCCCUAUACGUGCGAUAUUGUCGAUAUUUUUAUUGUCUUAUUUUAAAACAACCGUCUUGUGCUUUUUUU